AUGGAGAAAAACAACUACACAUAUGAUGUCCAUGAACGACACAAGGGACAAACCUCAAGCGUGAAGGCGUCGGAAGUAUCAAGUGAAGACGGCAUCUACGAAGAAGCUUUAAUUGCAAAGGAGGAGCCAAAGACUUGGUUCCAACGGUUAUAUAGAUCCUUGGAAAUCGACGGUACGCAGGGGUUCACAUUACAACAACUUUUCUUGUUGAACUAUGAUUUACGUCCUGUUGAAGCUGCUAGACGUAAAUGGAAAUGGUACCAUUUUGUCUUUUUCUGGAUUGCCGAUUCCUUCAAUAUUAAUACAUGGCAAAUUGCAGCUACAGGUGUUCAAGCAGGCUUAUCUUGGUGGGUCACUUGGAUCACCGUUUGGAUUGGUUACACCCUUUGUGCUUUAUUUGUCGUUGCCUCUGCAAGGGUUGGUAAUGCUUAUCACAUUUCAUUCCCCGUUUCCUGUAGAUCGUCUUUUGGUAUUUGGGGAUCAUUGUGGCCCGUUAUCAAUAGAGUUGUCAUGGCAUGUGUUUGGUUUGGUGUUCAGUCCACCAUUGGGGGCAACUGUGUUGAGUUGAUGUUGCGUGCAAUCUUUAGCAAUGACAUGGAAAAGAGAAUUCCAGAUCAUAUUGGAGGCAACAUCACAUCUUUCAAAUUAUUGAGCUUCUUCUUGUUUUGGUUUUUCCAAUUACCAUUUAUUUAUUUCCCACCUCAUAUUGUCCGUCAUUUAUUCUCGGUCAAAGCUGUUGUAUGUCCAAUUGCUGGUAUCACUUUCUUAGUGUGGACUUUAGUAAAGGCAGAUGGUGGUGGACCGGUGAUCCAUCAAGGGUCCACUAUCAAAGGUUCUGAAUUUGGUUGGGCAUUUGUUAAUUCCAUUAUGAACUCAUUAGCAAAUUUUGCAACUUUAAUCGUUAAUGCACCAGAUUUCUCCAGAUUUGGAAAUAAACCUGGAGCUGCCAUUACCCCCCAAUUGAUUUCAUUGCCAAUCUCAUUUGCAGUUACAUGUUUGAUUGGUAUUCUUGUCUCUUCUGCUUCAACGGUCUUAUAUGGUGAAACUUACUGGAAUCCUCUUGAUGUGCUAUCAAGAUUUUUGGAUCAUUACUCAAGAGGAUCUCGUGGUGGUGUCUUCCUUAUCUCUCUCGGAUUUGCAAUUGCUCAGUUAGGUACCAAUAUUUCUGCAAACUCCUUAUCCGCAGGUACCGAUAUGACUGCUUUACUUCCUAAGUUCAUCAAUAUCAGAAGAGGGGGGUUUAUUUGUGCAGCUAUCGGAUUUGCAAUUUGUCCAUGGAAUUUAAUGACCUCUUCGUCUAUGUUCACCACGUACUUAUCAGCAUAUUCUGUGUUUUUGUCCGCUAUUGCUGGUGUGGUCUUCUGUGAUUAUUAUAUUCUAAAGAAGGGUUUCAUUUCUCUGCCAGAUUUGUACGUUUCCAAUAACUCAUCACCAUAUUACUAUUCCAAAGGCUUCAAUGCUAGGGCAUAUGCAGCAUAUAUUGCAGGUAUCUUGCCCAACAUUGUUGGUUUCGUUGGUGCAACAAAAACACACCAUGUUCCAAUGGGUGCAACCUACGUUUACUAUUUCUCCUUUUUCACAGGUUAUGCAGCUGCAACUGCAGUAUUGGUUGUAGCUACACUUAUCUUCCCAAUAAACGGGUUGCCUGAUGCAAAGCUAUUUGAACGCAAGUUUUUCGAAGAAUGGCAGGAGGUUGAAGACUUUGACGAUGUCUUCAGACAAAAAGCAGCUAACAUCCAUGAUAACGGCAGUGACGUAAUUGAUGAAUUGAAUUAUGUUGUCUCUGCUGAAAAGAGUUUACCAUAA